AGAUCUAAUAAUGAUGAUGUCUGUUUUAUAAAGUAAAUUAAAACCAUAGUAAAACAAACAACUUAUUGAAUUUUGGUAUCAGACACACAUAUAUAUAUAUAUAUAUAUUCAUCAAGAAACGGCUUAUAAUCUAGAAAGGUUUUACUUAAAAAUACCUUAAAAAUGGAUGAAAUCCUUAGAGGAUUGAUGGCAUCAAAUCAUAAAACAAUUCUAAAAAAAACAUUAAUUACAAAGCUUUCAACCAACCCAAGUAAGAUUGACACAGAAGAAUUGACAAGCAUUUAUAAAACAGCUAUGGCUUGGAUUGUGUAUAGUGAUUCAGAAUUUGAAGAGGAAAUGGGGACAGUCGUCAUAAGAGCAUGGAGCAAGCAAAACCAGACUGUCUUCAGGGAAUUCUUUUUGCAGUACUGUUAUACUAUUGACUUAGAUCACUUUGUUGGUAUCGAUAAAACUAUCAAUUUCAUACAUGUAUGCUUACGAGCUAUGGACGAUAGACGACCAUUUUAUGGGAUUGUACAAAAUAAUGCGAUCGCUCUGGCAAGAGAUAAAGCACCGUUGUCGUCGCUUGCUGCUUUAAGUCGUCUUCUCGUUGAUAUACCAGAAUGCAUCCCAAAAGCGGACAAAAUGAAAGGUUUAUGUAUCAUGCUGAUUAAAUGCGUGAAUGCUGAAAGUAUUUCACGCUCAGACGUUAACAAGCAGAAGGAUGUGGAGGCAAUCAGCGCCCUUCUUCACUACAUCUGGCACAAUAACAUCACAAUAGCUGUGAUCCCAUCUCUGAAGGAGACAUUCCGUACGAUCUCUUCAGUGGAUCUUAAAGAUCCUGAACCAUCAAUUGCCAUUGGUGCUCUUGUACAGAGAGUUCCUGUGUCAAUCAUCAAAAAAAUAACCAAGGAUGCAGCUUUUGACCAGGCUAUACCAGACUUAAACAUGACUGCGGCAUUAACACGUAUGAUGGAAUGGCUGGCGUGGCCAGGUGUCAAGAACAUCCACUUAUGGAUCAACGCAUUUCUGAAGAAUUUAGCGGCAGCAAAAAAGUACUCAAUCUUGAUUCAAGUAACUUGUGAAUCAAUUAUACAGGUAUUUGAAAAACUGAAGUAUGCCGAUGUAAGAGAAAGUACAUUGGCUGUUCUACGCCACAUGUUACUAAGCUUCCAGCACUUACCGGUUGCAUUUCACAAGAUCGUUGGUCUUGUACCGGAUCUGGUGAAGGCAUGGAGAGAGGAAGGCAUGGAUGAGCAUCAUGAGCAUCUGAAACAGUUAGCAGAGUUGAUGUAUUGUUUAAUGUAUCAGCAUGCUGGCUACCCUGAGCUGUAUCAACCACUCUUAGAUGUGUUUCAGAAUAUACCUCAGUCUUCAGAGGACUCAAUGAAACAGAUGCUGGACAAGAGUGCAUGGACAUCAAAAGCAACCUACAGCAACGACAGUGAGCUGUCCGCUGCAAAGUCUGACACCGGCAAGACGGGUCUCGUAAAUCUUGGGAAUACUUGCUACUUGAACAGUAUUGUACAAGCCCUCUACAUGACUGAUGGGUUUUCAGAUGAUAUAUUAUAUGAAGAAACACUGGCAUCACAAAAAAUAAGAACUGAAUUAAGAAAAUUAUUCGCAUUUCUGAAGCAUUCUAAUAGGGCAGCAUUUGAACCGAAGAUGUUUGUUGAAGUUGCUAGGCCUCCGUGGUUCACACUGAGAGCUCAACAGGACUGUUCAGAACUAUUAAAGUACCUACUUGAUCGCCUUGAUGAGGAGGAUAAAACUAGGCCUGGAGUUCCAAAAAGUAAUGGAACUGGUAGCACAGGCUUAAACUCUAAGAAAAAUGGACUAAGUGUUGGGACGAAAACAAAAUCUACGAAUAUGAAAACACAGUCAGUCACAGAAAAAUUCUUUUGCGGAGAAUCUUUGACAAAAAUCCGUUGUUUAAAUUGUAAUCAUGAAUCCGUGCGGACAGAGAUAUUUUACGACCUUCCGUUGGCAUUCCCAGAUUCGGGAGACAGAAAGAGCAUGCUGGGGGGAGAUCCCAACUCUGCUCGUAAACCAAGUAGUCACAGUCCAGAAACAGAAGGUGCUGAGGGCAGUCCAUCCUCAAGCUCAAAUGCUGUGCCAAAGCUUGUUGGCCCGAUUAAUUGGCCACCGGAUAAGUUUACACCGAGUGCAAUAAGGGAAAUGGCGGUAGAUGAAGCAACACGAAUAGUACCAACCACACGGCAUGAAUCAGACGAAAAUAAAGAAGUUCAUAUCGAAGACAUGCUUGAGCAUUAUAUAUCGCCGGAGGUAAUGGAGGGAGAUAACAAAUACAACUGCGAAAACUGUCUAAAAUUACAGAAUGCUGAAAAAACUCUUGAGAUAACACGCUCACCGCAAGUUCUGAUUCUAACUCUGAUGCGGUUCGCAUACGAUGUUAAAACGCGUGUUCGGCGGAAGAUACUUACAGAUGUGAAAUAUCCUCAGGUCUUAGAACUACCUUUGAAACAUGUAAAGGAUGGUAAAAAACGACCUGCAGAUUCAGACCUAUCAGAAAGCUCUGAUGCUCCCGAUAACAAACGUAGCAGGCAGAAUACUAAAUGUGGAACAACAGAAACACCGCAGCCAUCACAGAAAUACACAUUAUCAGCUGUUGUUUUCCAUUCAGGUUCUUCAUCAGAAAGCGGUCAUUACUAUUGUUACGCAAGAGAAUUGAAAGGAGGGGUUGAAGGAAAUUGGAACAGUUUUAAUGAUUGUCAUGUAACGCAUUCAAGCUACGAGAAUUUCAGUAGAGUCAUGAAGAACUUCAACAGAGAUUCUGCAUACGUUCUUUUUUAUAAACGGAACGAUAACACAGCGGAUGGGGCUAUGGGUACACUGCCGCAUGUACGAGUUUUACCAAAUGAUCUUAAGGAUAUUGUUGCUGCAGAUAACAUGAAAUUUUUAAAGGAGCAAGAAGCAGCUGCAAAAAGGACACAGAAGCGAGUGAGCUACAGUACCGAGAAUAUCAGUUACCACCGACCAGAAGAUUCAGAUGAUAAGGACGGUCCUUCCCCAGGCUGUGGUGGAGGAGGGGGCUUCAACACGCCCAUCAAUAGAUUUGUUUGUUGAUGUUGGUUUGAUUGUGCUACCGAUAGGGCAAGUCUAGAUAUUUUUUUUUGUGAUACUAUAUGCUACUAAUAAAUAUUACUUUGAUAUUGUCUAAAAUAUUGUAAUAUUAAGUGUUAGAGCUGCUAACCUUAAGAAUGUCCACAGUAUAUUUUGGCAGCAUCAUUAUCAAAGAGUAUAGAACUAUAAGAGGUCUGACUAAGGGUUUUGUUGAAACGCAAUCUUAUCUCAAAAAGUACUACCACAAACUAGAGGGCGUCCUUCAAAAGAGCAUAAAAAGCAUUCACAUCGAACGUGUGCUGCGUCUAUAGAACGCAUGUACAAUUUUCAAACUCUAUUUGAAAUAUAAUAGGGUGCCCCCAUUCUUGUGGUAGUCUUUGUCAAAAUCUUAUAAUAACAAGGUGUUCUCCGCGAUUUCUGUGUGCAAAUUCUGUAAUAACGCAGUGUAGGACGCCCUCCUGCAAUUCCAGUUACUUUUGAACUUUGACAUCUAUGAUCUCAGUGCAUAUUAUGGAACAACUACCAUAGUAACAACUAGGAUGCCCUCUUUCAAUUACAAUUACUUUCUAUUGUUUUCUGUGUGGAUUGGACGCUUCUCUUUGUUACACGCAAACCGCGGAGAACACUAUAUUGUUAUAAGAUCUUUGGUCAAGGCAGUCGGACAUCUUACAAUUCUGUACUUUGUUCAUGCUUGAUAAAGCACAGGAUUGAUUGUGCGCCUUAAAUCCGCUGCAUGCUAUCAGCGUCCUAACAUGUUGGCAACAGUGGCGUAAUUUUGGAAAGGGGGCAGAUGGGUGGGGGGGAAGCUCAGUGAUCAGUUGAGGGGCGCUAAUUCGCAAAAUACAGUAUGGUGAUUUAGGCGAUUUUUAACAACUUCACCAUGAUUUUCUUUUGGGGAGGGGGGCCACUGGGUGGAGCGAGUAAUUUUUUGGGGGGGGGGCAUCCGCCCCCAUGCCCUCCCUUAGAUACGCCACUGGUUGGCAAUGCUGUUUGGUAAGCUUUCCUGAUUUUGAUGUUUGAGACAGAUUGUAGCGACAGUUUCACUGUAGCAAUUUUAUGGAAACCAGGCUUUUAUCUAGACCCACUACAGUAUAUUUUAUAUUUAUAACAAUAAUGUAUUUUGGUAAUUUAUUAAUGACAUCUUUUUAACAUUUACUGUACGUUUUGAGCUACUAAAUUUCAAUACUCAAUUCAAGGUAUUACAUGUUUUAAUAACUGGGCAUUGUUGGUUAAAUACAACCAAACAGGUAAUAUUUAUUUUGUCAAUGUAUCAACUGAAAGUGUAACAUAAAUAUAAACAAUUAGUUUUAUCACUAAUAAGUUUUUUGUGUGUAGCAUCUAGAAAGAAUUUGUACUGUAUUAAAUGAAGGUGUUUACAAUGGGCUGUCUGUCUCAAAUAUGUAUCAGUGUUGUAACAAGUCACUUUGUGGUUGAUUUGUGAGAUUUUCAUUGCAUUGUGGUAGGUAACCAAGUCUUAUCAAUGAUAAUACUCUAUAAAAUACAUAAAAAUAAAAAGUAGUUAUUAUCGUGAUGAUACUAAUAUAAUUGAGUUUCCUGUAAAUUCAAGUUUAUAUACAGAUUAAAGUAAAUCUUGUGUUUUGCAGCAGUGA